UGGUAACAGUUAAAAACAGCUGUUUCAUUACCUAAUUACCGAUCAAUCUAUCAUCCUCUCUGAGUAAAAGUAUUCUGUGCUAUCAGCUGUCUAGUGUGAAGUUACUUAGAGGCCAGAGUUACCUACUGAAUUUCAAUUUAUAAUUAAUUAUAAUAUCUGACAUGUAAGCAAGGUUACGAAUCUUCAAUUUUUUUACCUAUAAACAAUCAUUCUAUUCGUGUCUACAAAGACACGAAAUAUUCAUUUAAUAAACAAGAAUAAUGUGAAAAUAUAUAACGCAAAGUUUAAAAUCAAUAACUAAAUUAAAAUGAAAGUUAUAAAAGAGUGGUUCGUUGAUGUGGAGUGGGGUAAAGUUGCGUUAAUAUCAUGGGGCAAUCCACGAGGCCAACCGGUACUACUUGUUCAUGGGCGUCAAGACAGUGCGGCCACUUUCUUGCCGUUACUGGAACUGCUGUCUGAUAAUUAUUACUAUGUUGGAUUUGACAUGCCAGGACAUGGAAAAUCGGAUACAUUGCCCAUAGGAAUACCAUUGUCAAGAUCUUUUGGAAUUUUAGUUAUUGAUAAAAUAAUUCGACACUUGGGUUGGACCAAGUUUAUGUAUAUUGGACAUUCCAUGGGUGGUGGGCAAGGAUUAUUCUACAACGCCAUAUAUCCAGGGAACAUUACGAAAAUGAUUCUUCUUGAUACAGACCCAGCUCUUUAUUUUUUGGUCAUACAAGACUAUCCAGACUUCUAUUCAGUGUAUGAGGAUUAUUAUACUAACUAUAAAAAAUAUAAUAGCGAUGACCGUGUGUACACCAAGUCUGGAGCCUUGCAAGCUGUGAUGAGGGCUCGGGGGAUGACGGAGGAACAGGCUGAGGUUAUACUCUCGAGGAAUCUGAAGAAGAUUGGGGAGGAUCAAUACAAAUUACUAUGGGACAGACGGAUGAAAAAUUUAGCACCAAUGAACUAUUCAUCUGACUAUUGUUAUAGACUACUCUCAAAGAAUUGCCCGCCGAGCUUAUAUAUCAUCGCUAGUCAAAGCUUUGCUGAACGUCAUCCGAAAGAAAAGCCAAUUGUUGAUGAAUUAAUAUCGAAGUUGGAAAAAAAUAUAAAGAACUUCACAGUUUUGAACGUGGAUGGAACGCAUGAUGUACAUUUCAUACAUCCGGAGCGUAUCAGUGAUCAUAUCCGUUUGUUUUUAGAAACAGAUGAUGUUAAGAGUAAAUUAUAGUCAAAUAUAUAUAUAUAUAUAUAUAUAUAUAUAUAUAUAUAUAUAUAUAUAUAUAUAUAAAUGCCAAAAAAAAACAUUUAGGGUUUCUGUGUCAAAAAAUUCUCAAUAGCAGCCGAGAGUGCAUCAAAGAGCACGUAAAGCCGUUGGUAGUGUGCCUGAACUCUUUCGGGGUCAGAUUUGCCGCCAUUAUAAUCAAUAUAAAGGCAUUUAUAGGCAGAUUAGCAAAUGGGUUACUUGAUAAUUUGACUAAGAUGUUAUGUAUUUACAAUCUCAAUCAAAUCAAACCAAAACACAACUAUGGCAUCCAACCACAUAUAUAACACACACAUACAUAUAAAACACACAUCUUAAUCUUUAAGUAUUGUGUUACUAUCGCUUGUGCAUGUGUUCGCUCCCUUCCAAUCUAAUGUGUGUAUGUGUGUGUGAGUAUCAUUUAGUUAAAUAUUCGAUCAAAUAAUAAAAGUCCACGUAAUAUUUAGAUCUACUCACCGGAGGCCGUGUGUAUGUGGAUGUUGCAUUUCUUUUUCUUGUUUGGUGAAAACGUGUAAGUGCGUUUUGGACUCACCACAUGGAAAUCAUUGGUGCUGAACGCGCUAGUCUACUAAAUAACCAGCGGUACCAACUCUGUCUAUUCGGGGGGGGGGGGGGGGGGGUAUCGUUGCUUCACGGGAUCGCUUGUAAAUGUUAUGUUAUGCAAAUAUUUGGUACAAUACAAUACAAUACAAUAUCGAAUAAGUACAAUUCAGAUACAAUACAAUACAACACGGAUACAAUACACUGUACACGUCUGUCAGCAAACAUGUCGACCCGCCUGUUUCCUGACGGUGUUCUAACCCGAAGUUCGGCCUAACAGGAGGUACUCUUAGGAAGCGUAAUCUGAGCCCUUAACUGGGCUCACAACAUCCGGCUGAGUAUCUUAAAGAGUCACCCUCCGCCCGGUGUUGCUGUCGAGGCCAACAGCAACAUGUCAAUUUGAAGAAAAGAAAACAUCCAUCUAGGCUAGCUAUUGAGGAUUUAAAAAAAAGGGUCUGUGUCAAAAAAAUCUCAAUAGCUGCCGAAAUUGCAUCGAAGAGCACGUAAAACCGUUGGUAGUGUGGCUGAACUCUUUCGGGGUGAGAUUUGCCGCCCUUAUCAAAGAGAGUGCAUCUGUAUUUUCGAGUUCACUCUCGAGCAUUUAUAUAUGUAUAUAAAUAUAUAUUGAUUGAUUGUACCUAUCAGGACUCGGGCAAAGCAUUCCACCGUUUCGCAGUGUGAAUAAUAAACGUGGAUUCAAAGCGCUUCGUACGUAAACGGGGUUCAUUCAUUAGACAUUAUAUAAACCAGGCGACUGUUGUUGCUGGUAUCCUUGUAAAAGGUCGCUGCAGCCGAAAUCAAUCAGGAGGACAUCAUCAUUUUGAACCUCGUCCUAAUUUGUAUUAAUGUAAAAAAAAAUACUGAGUUUCUUGCCGGUUCUUUUUGUUAGACUCCACACUCCGAAAAGCGCUACUAAGCGCUUGACGAUUCAUAAGUACUUUUAAAAGUAUAUUUUGAUUGUGUUAUAUAUUACAAGUGAUACAGCGACCGGGUAUUUUGAAAAACACGUAGUAUGUCCAACGAAGCGCAACUUACAUUUUAUUAUAUCAACUUUAUUACUAACCAUUUCUUUUGAAGUUAUGAAGAACGAUAUCAUAACUCCCCCUCCCCCCAACUAGUAACGGCCUGUGAAUGUCCCAAUGCUGGGCUAAGUCCUCCUCUCCCUUUUAAAGAAGAAUGCUUUAGAGCUAUUCCACCACGGGUUGGUGGAAUACACGUGCCAGAAUUUCAGUGAAAUUAGACCGUCGAGUACGAGAUGAAUUAUAAUCACAAAUUAAGCACAUGAACAUUCAGUGGUGCUUACCCGGGUUUGAAACCACGAUCAUCGGUUAAGGUUCACGCGUUCUUACCACUGGGCCACCUUGGCUUAUCCCGAAACUAAAUAGCAAAUAACGCAGAGAUGUAUUUUUAUAUUGAAUUUUGUGAUGAGGUUUAUCGAUGUAAAUUAAACUCGAGGUUAAUGGUGUUGUACAUUUUUUUUUAAUAUUUUUA